GGGCGGGCCUGUUUCCGGGUGGCGCGUGGGGCUUGAGGGCGAGAACGGCCCUGGCUGCCACCAACAUGGAGACUUUGUACCGUGUCCCGUUCUUAGUGCUCGAAUGUCCCAACCUGAAGCUGAAGAAGCCGCCCUGGUUACACAUGCCGUCGGCCAUGACUGUGUAUGCUCUGGUGGUGGUGUCUUACUUCCUCAUCACCGGAGGAAUAAUUUAUGAUGUUAUUGUUGAACCUCCAAGUGUCGGCUCUAUGACUGAUGAACAUGGGCAUCAGAGGCCAGUAGCUUUCUUGGCCUACAGAGUAAAUGGACAGUAUAUUAUGGAAGGACUUGCCUCCAGCUUCCUAUUUACAAUGGGAGGUUUAGGUUUCAUAAUCCUGGACCGAUCGAAUGCACCAAAUAUCCCAAAACUCAAUAGAUUUCUUCUUCUGUUCAUUGGAUUCGUCUGUGUCCUAUUGAGUUUUUUCAUGGCUAGAGUAUUCAUGAGAAUGAAACUGCCGGGCUAUCUGAUGGGUUAGAGUGCCUUUGAGAAGAAAUCAGUGGAUACUGGAUUUGCUCCUGUCAAUGAAGUUUUAAAGGCUGUACCAAUCCUCUAAUACGACAUAUGGAGAAGAAUGAAGAGCAGCAGUAAAAGAAAGAUCUAGUGAAAAAACAGGAAGCGUAUUGAAGCUUGGACUAGAAUUUCUUCUUGGUAUUAAAGAGACAAGUUUAUCACAGUAUUUUUCUUUCCUGCUGACCUAUUGCUAUACCAAUGAUGUUGAGUGGCAUUUUCUUUUUAGUUUUUCAUUUCUUAAAAUAUACUCCAUAUCUACAACUAUAAUAUCAAAUAAAGUGAUUAUUUUUUACAACCCCUUAACAUUUUUUGGAGAUGACAUUUCUGAUUUUCAGAAAUUAACAUAAAAUCCGGAAGCAAGAUUCGAUAAGCUGAGAACUCUGAACAGCUGAUCAGCUUUACCUAUGGUGCUUUGCCUUUAACUAGAGUGUGUGAUGGUAGAUUAUUUCAGAUAUGUAUGUAAAACUGUUUCCUGAACAAUAAGAUGUAUGAACGGAGCAGAAAUAAAUACUUUUUCUAAUUAA